AUGUCCGCCUCCUCUGCGCCAACCAGCAUGGGUGAACAGAACCCUUCGAUCGCAAGAAGUCGAUCUCGAUACCGUCGCAAUCGACCGACAACUGGAAACGGCCCACCUCCCACACCCGCGAUCUCGGACCACGCGCGAACUCCACCACGGCAACCCGCGAGAGAAAGUCCCCGGACGGGGUGUGCUGCGAGGCACACCGAAGAGGGAAUAAACGCACGUGAUACACACCGGCAAGAUGCGAUGGACCAGCUGACUGGCGGCGAUAAGUCGCUGCAGAGUCGACCGCCACCGUCCGCCAUUGGAAAACCCCCGCAAAAAGUGGACGCGCGACAAAGAUUACCCCGAGGCGAACCGGCGCAUCCACCACGCAGCGCGCAGUCUGGGGAACCGGGUCGCAAAUCUUUCUUUCAAAAGGUCAAUUUGAAGGUGAGAGACCAUGUGAAAAAAACCGACCAUGCGCCGAAAUACAUUGGAGUCGGUGGGACUGGCGUGGUUCCGGGUGUUGAUGCCCCUGUUAGCGCCGUGAAUGCUGGGGAGCGACAUGCGCUUGUCACGUACGGGGAUGCCCAGGCAAACCUCGCUGUCACUCCGUCAACUCAAGUGAAGGACCUCUUGCAUGAUGCGGCCGAGAAUCUGUCUCGCGACAUUGAUGCCGACAAGUUCAUUCUGAUGGAGUCUUUCUCUAAACUCGGCCUCGAGCGCCCUCUGCGCCGGUAUGAGCAUGUACGAGGCGUGAUGAACUCUUGGUCCCACGAUUCCGAAAAUCGCUUCAUCAUCAUUCCACCGUCCAGCGUGGAAGCCCUCGCCCAGCUUGAUGCCGCGCAUGCCCCUUCUGAGCCGCCGGUUCCGAUCACCGUGCAAAUAUACCAUUCCCAACGCCCUCGGAAAUGGGACAAGCGGUUUGUCACAUUGCGUGCAGAUGGGCAGGUGACAAUUUCGAAGAAGGAAAUCGCGAAAGAGCAGACCAAUAUCUGCCACUUAUCCGACUUUGACAUCUACUUUCCCAGUGCGCGGGCUUUGAACAAAGAUGUCAAACCACCAAAGAAGCUCUGCUUUGCCAUCAAAAGCCAGCAAAAGUCAUCCAUGUUUCUUUCAACAGAGAACUUCCUCCAUUUCUUCUCGACCAGCGACAGGAAUGUCGCAGACAAGUGGUAUCGAGCUGUACAGAAGUGGAGAAGCUGGUACCUCGUCAACAAGCUAGGCUCCUGCCAGAAGGCAGAUGUCGAUACACCACUCAAACGUUCCGGCACCAGGAGGUCAACUCGACAGAGAAGCAUACCCCAUGACGUCCCGCUGCUAGACCGGGAAAGCCCAGCCGAAUCCCCCAGCCGAAGGAGCUCUGAUCAGCCGCGACCAUCAAGCUCCAAGGAUAUCUAUGCCAGAAAGAAAGCACAACGAGGACACGUUCCCCCACCAUCUUCAUACCCCAAUGCCCCAACAAUCGACACAGACGUGGCUGGGCCUUUCACCGACAAAGAAGCCCUGAUCUCAGGUGUCUCGCCCGAAGAAGUGGAAACGUCUACAUUCUCCCCGUCCGGACUUCUGGGUCGUACUUACACGCAACGACAAGGCGCAAUGCGCGAACGAGAAGACCGGGAAAAGCGAAGCAAACAAGAACCUUUCACCGGUGGCCUUAUGGCCGGCACAUCGUAUGACUCAGUUCCAAACAGCCGAUCAAACACCAUGACCCGAGCCCCAGACCUCUCAUCCUUCCACAAGCCUCUCGUCGACUUGACACCCGUCUACGCCGAACCACCCCAGCACAGCCGUGUAGGCAAAGGCCACGGCGUCAAAGUCCAACCAGGCAUGCAACUCAUCGAUGGUGCAACCGGACCUGAGCUGACACAGGGUGCCAUCGCCAUCCCACCAUCAACCUCCUGGCGACGACCAGCAGAGGUCCCGCAGCGCCGCAACACCACCCGCAGCGUGCGCGAGCGCGAGCGCGAGCCAAAUCCAUACACCACUCCGGAUGUACCGGUGUCGAAAGAUUUCACGCCAAAUAGUCUCCUUGCGCAUUCAGCUAGCACGGCUACGCCGCGGAAACAGAGAACCGGUCACGGCGUCGCCACAGGAGAUCGCAAUGCUACGAAACCGUUGCUGGAUAUGGCUCCUGAGAAUCCUUUUUCUGAUGGUAGUCUGCUGCGGCAGCUAUGA